UCCUGUUUUCUUCUCUCUGAAAAACAAUACAAAUUCUUGUUUUUUCUGGAGUCAAAGUGAAUGGUUUUGGCUUGUUUCUUGCAUCUCUGGUUUGAGUUCACUGCUGCGGGGCUCUGUGUUUUGAAAUGGGGGGUCAGGGCAGGCUGAUCGGGGGCCUGGCGCUGUGUCUGAUGGGUGUUUUAGGAGUGUGUGUGGUGUGCGGACUUCCAAUGUGGCGUGAAACAUCUUUCGUGGGAGCAAACGUUGUGACUGCACAGUCAGUGUGGGAUGGUCUGUGGAUGCACUGCGUCGUCCAAGCAACAGGUCAGAUGCAGUGCAAGAGACAUACAACGUCCAUCACUAUGACCUCUGACAUCCAGGCAGGACGAGCCCUCACACUGAUCUCCAUUGUCGCCGGCAUCCUGGGCUUCAUCGUCACUCUCCUCGGAGGAGGAGCAGCCAACUGUGGUGGAGAUCCACCUGAUCCUGUUGAACCUCCAUCCACUGUUUCCUCCAGAAAGAAGGCGUGUUUGCUGGGUGGAGCUCUGUGUCUCCUGUCUGGCAUCCUGUGUCUGGUUUCAGUCACCUGGUCAGCAGUAGCAACCAUCUCCAUCUACAACGACCCCUUGGUGACUGCGGCCCUGAAGAGGGAGGUGGGCUCCUCCAUCUACAUCGGCUGGGCCUCCUCGGUGCUGCUUCUGCUCGGCGGUGCUCUUUUUUGCUUUGUCUGUGGGGACAAGGAGAGAUCCCAGCCUUCCUACUAUUACAUGCCAAACAGCUCCAGCAGUCGGUCCAGCCAGAGUUCAUCCCGCAUGGCCACUCUGAGGUCUGAUGUUCUGAGUUCAAACGCCCCGCAGACGUUUGAUCCAUAUGCACAGAGAAGGAUGGUGGAGCAUGCAGCCCAAGUGCAUCGUUAUAACUCUCUUAACAACCCUCCCAGUGUGACUGGUCUCUAUAAUCAGCCUCUGACUCACCCAGAGUCAGAGCGGGACACUUUUAUACGUAAUCCAUCAAACAGAUCACAGACACAGAGCCGUAUUUAUAGCAGUUAAUCUGAUGGAUUGUUGUGCUCUGAAUGACUGCACACGAGUCACCUAGUUGCUCAGUGUGGUCACAUUGUUUCUGUUUACAUGUUAAUUAAUGGCCACUGUGACACUAACUUCUUCUUCUGCACACAUCAUUACAUUCCAGUAGUUACUGGUCAUCAGUCCGAAUAACAAAACUUUAUUUCUGACUCUUAGUGCAGAUUCCAGAGUUUCCAAAUAUCCAAAACAUAUGGGUAAGUUGGUAUAAAAUGAUGCACAUGUCAUGGAGAAAAGAAACAUUGCAGCCAUUAAAUAAAAGGAGUCAAGCUAUCAUUAACAUUAUAAAAUUUUAAUGGAAUGAUAUGACACAACAUAUAUUAUUGCAGCAGUGUAAUAUAAUGGUUUUGAAAAUUUAUAAGGCUACUGAA